AUAAAUCUGGCGUUGUGCACAGACGAAUAUUCAAAUCAAGUGGGAAAAGAAAUAAUAACAGAACUGGAUCUACUUGCUAACCGGAAGGCGCUUGUAACUUUUCAGAUUCAAUUGAUUUAUGAAAAGAGCUUGUUGAUACCAUAGCGUGAAUUGUUUAUUGGAUAUUAAAUUCUGCUUCUGUCCAACCGUGAAAUGGCAUCGUUAGUUUCGGAAAUCUUGAUGUCAGCCGGUCAGUUGGAGAAAAGGGACUUGCAAACUGAAUUGAACAAGGUUAAGAACAAAAUUGACGAUGCAAAAUUCCAAGUUUCGAAGUUUGUUGAGCAGCAUUACCAGGAUUUUGAUCCGUUGCUCGUUCACUCCAGAGAACUGGCUGAAACCUCAUCUAAACUCAGUGAAGAAGUCCAGCAGUUGGUUGAAAAGGCAGAAACUGAACUCAAGUUUCAGCUGGACAGUUCAACAAAUGAAAUGAACUCACUCGGAAGUCAAAUUAAUGCCGCCAAGCUUCAAGUACAGCUUCUGGAAAGAGUGUCUCAACUACACUCAAUUCUAGAAAAAUUGAAAAAAAUGUCUGUGGAAGAUAUUGCUUAUGCCGAAGCUAUUGCUGAAGCCGAGUCGAUUCUCAACGACGCUGAAGACCACAUUGAUACCGAGCUUGACAUUUGGCGUGGUGUCAAGUUUGAAAUCGAGAAAAAUAAAGAUAACCUCUUGAAACAUCUAGAAGACAGUUGGAACAACGAAAUCCAGUGGACCAAAAAGGAUACGCUUAUCCAACUGAAACUCAAUGCAGACAAGCUCAAAGAUGUAUUUCAAGGCCUCGCCAUUAUAGGACAAUUAGAUAGGCCACUUUGUGAAUGGAGUUCUCGUUUGUACGACGAAAUCCUCGUCCCUCUAACUAAAGCUGACACUGUUAUCCAAUUCGAAGACGAUCUUGAAUUAAUGGAAGGCCAACGACCCAUCACCGAGCUAGUAGAACUAGAAAGAGCUGUUAAGAACAUCAGCCUGACUUUUCAGCACUUGAACAAGCACUUGGAAUUCAAACUUAACGAUGUCCUGGUCCUACAUUUAAUUGGCAAACAAGUAGCAAUUGACUUUGUUAAGCUAUUCGUCAAAACGUGCUUGAAACCAACUUUACCUGCAAGCAGUUCACUAUUGUCCAGCCCAGAGUACCGUGCUUCGUUAGAGAUGGUUGUUCGUCUGGAGAAUGAAAUGGUGGAAAUUGGUUUUCUCACUGAAAAAAUUAUAGAAGAAUUCGCUGACAAUGUGGAUCUCUUUUUCGCCGAUAAACAAUGUUUGGAAAGCUUAUCCCGUGCCCGCCAACUUAUGUGUCUCGAUCUGCAUGACACUAUUUGUUUAAAGGACAAUAUCGAGCAGACAAUGGUGGAGGAAGACGAAAGAAACAGUGCUGAAACAGCUCAUCUGUGGAAAAUGUUGAGCGAAGGUGGCAUGGAAAUCAAAUGGAGUCCAUUCCGUUUUCCGCCUUGUCAGAUCAGUCGAUCCACUCAAGACCUCAUUGAAAUGUUAACGAAUUUAGUACAAGAGGCUGGACUGAGCAGCGCCACUGAGCGAAGUUCUGCCCGUCUUUUAUUCACCGUCCGGUCCAUUUGCGAGUUGUACGUCUCUGUCGUGCCCGAAUACCACCGCGACGCCUUGGAGAAACUGCCGUUCCACGCGGCCGUGGCCCACAACAACGGCAUGUACCUGGCCCACUCUAUUCUGACGCUGGGCACGGGACACCUCAUCAAAUUAGUCCAACAAAAUGGAGUGCCUUUAAUGGAUUUAGUAGGAAAAUUCCGACAGUUGGCUGCCCACAUCUUUUUGGAACACAUGAAAAGUCAACGAGAUCAACUGCUGGCCAUCCUGAAAGAAGCCGGUUUCAAUCGAUUAGAAAAUGAAUCUCGAUUGCCAUCCAGCGUGGAAAAGGCAGGCCGACAAGUUUUGCAUCAGCUUCGAAAUUUGCAAAAGAUUUGGCAGCCCGUUUUGCCUAACGAAGUGUACUUGAGAGCCAUCGGUACUCUAUCCAACAGUGUGCUGGAAGAAUUACUCCUUCGCAUCACAACCAUGGAGGAUAUACCAGCUGCAGCAGCAUUACAAUUGACAGAUCAAUGUCAAAAUUUCAUCAAUACACUGCCAUUGCUUUUCGGCCCCAUUGACGCUGAGGAUUCCGAAGGCAAGAAGGAAAUGUUGGCUCUUGUCAUGCAGCACAUUCAUCUUUGGUCGAGGUUUGAAGAACUCAAGCAUUUACUUGGAGCUGGGCUGAGGGACAUUGAAGGCCGUUGGUCGUCGGGCAAAGGUCCAUUGGCCGUCCAUUUCGCAGCCGAUGAAGUGAAACAGAUGAUUCGAGCCCUUUUCCAAAAUACAGAUCACCGUGCCGCUACACUCUCCCGCAUUAAAUAAUACGUCUUCGUUAAAUUGCAAAUAAAUAAUUACU